AUGCACCUGCGACCUUGUCAAGGUAGUUUGAGUGCGCGCGAAUCGGUGACGUCGGGGCUAUUGUCGGCGUCCGAGUACGAACUUCAGCAAACAAAAUUUGAGAGGUUGGCGGCCGAGGAAGCGCGCCUAUUCUGCCGGCACGUCCAGUUGCACCUCUGCUUUGCAGCGCUGCAUGUAUUCUGGCAGGAACACGGGCAUCUACCGAUAGCGCUUGAUCGAGACCAAGCUAAUGAGGUCGUGCGCAUCGCUGAGGAACUCCUUGAAAUCGGGCGAGACGUUCCAGCUGGCUUCUCACCGCAGCCAGGGUCGAUCGACGUCGCGCUCUGCCGCAGAGUGGCUGGCAUCUCGCGUGUCCCGGUCCCUUCGGUAAGCUUUCAGCUCGGUGGCUUAGUGGCAGCAACUGCUUUAGACCUCGUACAGGCGUACCGCCCCCGAGAAUGUUCACGCGGCAAUCUCGAGGGUCCAUCAGGAGGGAACAACGCACGGACCACUAAGGAGCAUCCGCCUGCACCAGGAGAAGAGCCGGCGAGUCAGUGGCUUCUUGUUGAUGAGCUAGACUCUGGUCUGAGCGGAAGGGAUCAGGGGAGGACUGUGGAAUGGAUGGGCUGUGCGAAGGAUCCGCUUCCCUUGCAAGCCUGGCUCGGCACCGACCUGAGCAACAAGUUCGCGAGUGCUCGUAUCGCUGUGAUCGGGUGCGGACGCCUCGGAAGGGAUGUAGCGAGGUGCUUGCUACACACGGGCGCGUGCACAAAUCCUCGAGGCCGGAUGGUGUUCAUUGACCAUGAAGAUGAUUAUUCGAUCUAUGCAUCUUCGUCGCCGGGCACAACGCCUUUUCACGCCGAGUGUGACGUCAUCCAGGGCCGUGCGGCAGUACUUCGCGAGCUUGUAUCGGGGCACAUCGGCCCUGGUGGUUCGCGCAUGUCCGCUUUUGGCGGUGCGGUUCAAGACACGGACACAGAAAUUGAUCUGUGGGAAGGAAUAGAUGCUGUUGUUGUCUGUGCUGGUCGCGGGAUUGCGGGGGAAGGAAGAAGGGGGCGGGGAGGAGGUACUGCAGAUGGGGCGGGGGGAAUGGCGGGAGACUGCGAAGCUCUGGUACGAUUCGUGUCUCACAAGUGCACUUUGCACAGCAAGCCGCUGGUUUGGGGAUGGGCCGGUAGCGGAGGCGAGGGAGGUGCAGGGGUCGAGGUAAUGGCCCCAUGCCGCACGAGUUGCCUCAUCUGCAGUUCCCACGGAGGGGUCAAGGAAAUGACCGAACGCCGCACCAGCUCUAGUGUCGAGGCGGUGCCAUCACGAGACCGCCGAGCUCGACGAGCCUCUUGUUCAACCCCUGGAAACUGCUGCAGGGACGAAAUUGGGGGCGAAGCUUGGGACCCCAAGGACCGCUGCUUCGGCGUAGCUCGCUCUGCAGUUGCCGGGGUGAUGGUAGCGGAACUCGCAAAAGUGCUGAAGCCGCGAUGUCGUCGUGACGAACUUCGAAACUGGACGCUCAAGGCCGACAGCAGUUGCCACUGCGGCAACGAAGACAGUCCUUCAAAAAGCUGGCGCAGUGAGAGUCAUGAUGACAAGACGAAAGAAGGCGACAAGCCUCGACUAACACCGGAAUCCGUCUCCGGGCUACUCAGUCAACCAGCUGGCAAGGGUGGAAGCACCCAUAUUCGGCCGGUUGUGACGUCGCCGGACCCCCCUCUGAUGGUAUUGUCGACGUCGUUCGAUCCCUUUUCCGGAGACAGCCUUCGAGCCAUACCAGAAGGGUUCACGGAGUGGGGCGUAGAAGAAAUCCGUCCAUCAGUGGAGAUCAUCUCAGCCCCAAGACUUCCAAAUGUAGACGUUGGCAAUCCCUUUUCUCUGCGAACACUUAUAUCGCUGGUAUUCGCACGUUUUGGUGUCGUUGCCAAGAGCGUGGCAGCUGCCGCGCCGGGCUCAGAAUGUCGGGUAGGAUCUGGGGGGUGCCAGGAGCUGGGAGGGGCGUUUGGUGGGAACAUUCUCUGGGCGGAGUGGGAGAGAGCUGAAGGGAACAAUAGUCGCCAGGAUGGACGCCGUACUGGAGGCGUCGUAUGCAAGAUGGAUCAGAACGUGCUGAGUCUCUGGCAGCAGCGAGUGCUGUCGUCGAGCACUCACGGUGAACCGGGGAGACGAACAUCGUGUGAAGGGAAAGAGCCGCGGUUCUUAUUUUUAGAUGUCCGCGGGGUUAUGGGCGAGGAAAACGCCGUGCUCCCCGUACUCAAGUAUUGGGUACGAUGA